AUGGAUCGCCACGGUCGCUCCCCGCGUCACAAUCCCCAAAAGUCACGGAAGCCACUGACAGACGCAACCGCGCGAGCCAACGCGUCAACCCCGCCGUCGCGUAACAGCAAAGUCGCGACCCAGCAUGGCUAUGCCCAACAGCACCUCCCCCACAACGAGUCCAUGCUGACCGAGGGUAAUACUCUGACCGUCCACCACCCCGGCACCGUGGUCGAGAAUAAACACCUAUCCAAUGUCAGCAGAGGCGAUGGUAGGGCAGUCAAUCGGGAUUCGGCUAUCUCGACUGCUUCAACCCACACGAGCAGCAGCGGUCGCCGCAAGUCCCACAUUGGACCAUGGCAGCUUGGCAAGACCAUCGGCGAGGGAGGAUGUUCGCGCGUCCGGGCAGUCAGGCACUGCGUUACGGGCCAGCUCGGUGCCGCAAAGAUUAUCUCUAAGAAGACCGCGGACAAGGUCAAGGCCCAGAGCUUGCUGAACCUAUACAAGUCUGCCGAGACCGAUCCGAAGCUUGCUGCGCACAUGAAGGCCAUGCCAUUUGGCCUGGAGCGCGAGAUUGUGAUCAUGAAGCUACUGAACCACUCAAACAUCGUCAAGCUAUUCGACGUUUGGGAGAACCGUAGCGAGCUGUACCUUAUCAUGGAGUACGUCGAAGGUGGAGAGCUCUUCGGAUACAUUGAUGAGAAUGUUGGCCUUCCUGAGAUGGAGACAGUCUACAUCUUUCGCCAGAUUGUCGCUGCCUUGCUCUACUGCCACCGCAUCAAGAUACACCACCGUGAUUUGAAGCCGGAGAACAUUCUCAUUGACGCCGAGAAUCUGGCAAUCAAGCUCGUUGACUUUGGCAUGGCCGCCCUACAGCCGGAAGGAAGGUGGCUCAGCACGCCAUGCGGAAGCCCUCACUACGCGGCACCGGAAGUCAUCCGCUACAAGCAGUAUGACGGUGGACAGGCGGAUGUUUGGAGUUGCGGUGUCAUACUCUAUGUUAUGCUCACCGGCCAGCCUCCCUUCACCUACAACGAUCGCCAGGACUUGACACACCUCUUCAAGAUCAUUGCGCAGGCCAAGUAUGCUAUGCCAGAUGACCUGAGCGAGGAGGCUCAGGACUUGAUCAGCAAAAUCCUCGUGCCCGAUCCCCGCCGGCGCAUCAACAUUGAAGGCGUCUGGAAGCACCCUUUCCUUCACAAAUACGAUGCAGAAUUUGGCUUCGAUGAAGAGACGGAUAAGGACAUCUGGAACGGUCCUAAGCCUCGCAUUAGCCAUUGGGAUCUUCGCCACCAAGGAGAUCUUGAUAAGGAGACGCUGCGGAACAUGCGCUGCCUUUGGCACAGCGAGUCGGAAGAGACCAUCUUGAGAAAAUUGUUGAACAACGAGGCUAACCAGGAGAAAUUCUUCUACAACUCUCUGCAGAAGUAUAAGGAUCAGCAACUGGAACACUGGCCUGGGGAGCCUGACAUUGCUUACUCCGCGAGCGACUACCACCAUCUCGCCCGGCCCAGCCAGUCGCCUCCCGUCCCGCAUAGCCGUACCAAGUCUCAGUUCUCGAUCCUCAACGAUGAGCACUUACAAGCGGCAUACAGUUUCCAGCAGCCUCCCCCGUCUGAAAAGAGUUAUGAUCCUUUCCGUUCGUCUCGGGAACCUUCGCUGGCGAACAAGGGAAAUUACAUGAACGUGACCGUCCACCGUGGCGGUACGGUCGCGAGUGGAAGUCCGAGUGGACACCGCAACCGCAGAUCGUCUGCGGCUUUGAGCAGCAGUCAUGGGCGCGGUAGCUCACUACGGGUUGACACCUUGAAGAAAUCCGGCUGGCGCCACUCCGGCCUCCCGAGCAUUGACUCACGUGGCAGCUCCCGGAGGGGGUCCGUCGUUUCUCCUGCUGCGCGUCACAGAAGGUCUCUUUCCAGGUCUUCGACGAACAGCUCGGGCUGGGCAAGCUCACCGCCUAUAGUUGUGAGACCGAGCAGCUCGCACAAGCGCGGUGUUAGUUUCGCGCACCUUCACAAGAGUUCCACAGGAAGCCGUCUUACUGUUACGGAGGCUACCUCGGCGCAGGGCACACCUGAGCAAUGCAAACACCUGCAGGAUGACACUGCGGAAAAGCUACAGCAGGAACUCGUCCCGGAUCUACCCAGCACACCUGCUUCAGCAUCCACCUCUCCUGCACCUCCCGCAGCUGUUCUGAAGAACGCUAAGCCUCGCCUCAAGGUCAAACAUCCAGAAACUCCCGGUCGCGCCAUCGAUGGUGAAGUCCGGAAGGCAAGUGUAGAGCUCGAGAAGGCUCUUGAUGAAGCUUUCAACCGUGCUUCUGUUAGCUCCAGCGUUCGAACAUCGUCUGAAAGACCGACACCUUACGAGUAUGAGACACCACCGUCGUCUGUUUCCUACAGGGGCUCUGGUGCUUCGGCCUACGCGGCAGACGCGCAGGCCUUGAGGCAGACUGAUACACAGCGUCCGCUCCCCCCACUUCCGGCGGAGGCCAACCACGACUCACCCAACACCUAUCUCGCCCGUGAGUUGGCUGAAACCCGUGAACGCCUUGCAGCGCGCUUUGCGUUGGAGGGUGGCGAGCACACUGCCAACUACAACGAAGUCCUCCAAUCUCUUGACCGUCUAUUGCACCCGUCGCGUCCUACUUCAGCUGAUGCGAACCAACGUUCAGUUUCUGCACCCCAGCAGUCGCCACAGCAUCCUCGUCCCCUGCCAAUCAUCUCAGAGGAGGGCAAGAACACUCCUGAUGCAAGCUCACAUGUUGGAACUCCUAACUGGCGCACCUCGGCUCGUGCUGCUACAGAUCCUGUCACUCAGGCACACGAGAGGUAUUACGGGGACCAGACUAUCCGGGUUGUAGAUGCUAGUUCUCCUGCUGCUACUGGCCCGCUCAUCCAGCCUCUCAAUAUCCGGAAGAAGAGUAGUGCCAGCACACUCGCUCAGCUUGCUGCGUUGGGUACACCGACCCCUACGCGCUCGUAUCACCUUGACUCAUUGAGCCCGGCCACGCCUACUUCCGUCCAUCAGUCGGGUCACAAGCCCAACCUUACUAUCGAAAUCGAUCAGGCUCCUCCCUCGUUGGACCACCGCGAUUCUUUGGAUGCCGCGACGCAGACGACUCCAUUGCAGACUUUGGUCUCGGCUUCCAGCCCCAGCACCGCAGCCAAGGAUGAGAAGAUUACCAAGAAGCGCAGCUGGUUCAAGCGUCGGAUCAGUGAAAGAGACUCGCCCGAGCAGCUACAUCCGCAGCAGCCUGGUGAUUGCGCCCGCCGACCUAGGAUCCCGGAUGCGUGGCAGGGCCUGGACGACCGUUUGGACAGACCGAAGCCGCGCGCUGUUUCAUCGCACCCCAAACAGGAUCGGAAUGCCUCACAUGGUAGUGCGAGCUCGAACAGCGAGUUCCCCCUGCGCGACUCCGAGAAGGAGAAGAUCGACAAGCUUGCUGGCCUGAGGAAAAAUCUGGCGUCUUUGUUCGGCAAGAAGAUACCAGAGAAAAAGGGCCGCGGUUCCUUGAUGUUGAUGCCUUCCAACUACUCCGCAAGCUCGCUUCCGUCUUCUGCUUUCUCGUUCGGUGACGAUUUUGAGCCCUCCGCCCCACGCUAUACCGAAGGUCAGAACUGGCUUUCUCGCUUCUUGCACAUCAAGCCCGCGACCAAAAUCAUCGUCUUCAAGGUCGGUCGUGGCCGUGUCCGCCAGGAAAUCGUCCGCCUUCUACGCGAUUGGAAGCGUUUUGGUGUGCGGGAUGUCAAGUUUGACCGCGCCACGAACAUCAUUCAGGCCCGUGUUGACAAGACCAACCGUGAGUUGCACCUUCCAGCCAAGGCACCCGCAAAAAUCAAGAGAUACUACGACAUGUUUGCCAACACCGCCAUUUGUGCUAAUUCAGGGAUUCCCCACCCAGAACUCCAGAUGAAGCCUGUCGCUUUUAGCGCCGAGCUUUUCACGGUUCUUCAGCAAGGCCGCCGCGCGCAACUUUGCGUCGGUCGCUUCACCCAGACUCGUGGUGCUGCCAGCAGCUUUCGCAAGGUUGUCGAUAUCCUUGAAGAUGUCCUCAAGGGCAAGGGCAUGGUCAUCGAAGAUGAAGCCCGUGCUCGCGAUGUGGCCGCUGUAUUGGGUUAUUAG